CGUCGAAUUUGGACGGAAGCCACGGCCGGGGCACGCACUCAUACACAGUCUUUGUUCACUGCCCAUUUCGGCCUAAUUUCCGCCUCGAAUAUUCAUCAUUUCUUUGUUUUAACCAAAAUCAGUAGAAUAUAUGACAUCCGUAACAGCGAGACGGAACAAUCAGGAAUAUGUUGUACCAUCCAGUACAUCCCAGGAGGUACAACCGUCCCCCUUAGCUCUACUAGCCGCUACGUGUAGUAAGAUCGGAGCACCCCCUCCCACGCCCACGGAAGAAGGGAACAACCCAACAGGAGGGACACAAGUCAGGGUAAUCGGUCAGGGGAGUGGAGAAGGUGCCGUAGCCCCGACAUGGAUACAACUGGCGAACGGAGCGAUUGUUGACGCCAGCGGUAAACAACAGACAAUCGGGAUACCGAUACAGGCGGCGGGGGCCCAACCUCAGCUCAUCACAUCGGUCAUCCCGCAAUUUCAGACUGUCAACGUGGAUGGUCAAGAGGCUAUUUUUAUUCCGUCAUCCGGUGUGGGCGGAGGCCAAACCAUCCUGGCGGGGAAUCAACAGCAAGUUUAUACCACACCCACGGGCCAAAUCAUACGACAGGGGCUACCUACGGGGAGUAUGAUUCCCAAUAUGGGAUAUAAUUUGGCGGGAAAUAUGGUAAACAUUGGUGGAAAUGUUGUUAGUCUAGCGGGCGUACAAGGACUGCAGAACCGCCCACAUGGUGUUGUACAGGCGGUUCAAAUGCCUCAACAAAUGCAACAAAUGUCAAACCUUAUACAAAUUCCUGUGUCAACUUCUAAUGGCCAGUCUACCUACCAAACCAUCCAACUCCCCAGCAUGCAGGGGUUCCCAAUGGCCUUUCCCCAGGGCCAACAGGCUACACCCCAAUUACAGGCACUUUCAGUGAAUACCUCUGGGGUGGGGCAGGGUUCUGCUGGUCAGAUCACGACUGUGGGAAACCAACAGGUGACACAAGUACCACAACCCCAGCUUAUAGAAAUUGCUGCUGCCACAACAGUUAAAUCCCAAUCUGAUGGCAGCAAGCCCUCGACUCCUCAGUCACAACCCACAAUCGCGUCACAAGCGACCACCACCCCAGUGCUUCAAUCAUCACAACAAAACAAUGCCGGUGCAAUUAUGACGGCAGGUUCGUUUAGUGCAACUCCUGGCACCCCGAACAUUUUAUCACAAAUGCCUACGCUGGUACCGAUCGGUACGAACUUUAUAAAUACAGCGACAGGUCAGGUGAUACCAAUGUCUCAAGCUAUGGGGACAAAUGGACAAAAUGUGAUAGUGGCGUCAAUGACGCAACAGAGUGGUUCAAGUUCUACAACUACAACUUCUGCUACCUCGACAGUGGCAUCAACACAGCAACAGCCGCCAUCGUUGGUGCAGGCUAUCCCUCAACAGAUCACAGUUCAGGCAUUGCCUUCGCAAAAUUUUGCAAAUCUUCAAUUCGCGGGACAGAAUCAAGUGAUCGCUCAAAAUCCAUGGUUGUCAGCUUUAAACGUGGCCAAUAUCCGUGCUCCAAGCAUGCAGACAAUACAGGUCCCGAAUUUACAAUCAUUGCAAAAUAUUCAAGGAAUACAGGCAGUGCAAAAUGUUCAGGGGUUGCAAGGGUUUCAAAUAACACCACAGGGACAAUUAAUUGCUACGGGAAAUGUGCAAAACAUGGGGGCUGUGACGUUGACGCCCUCAGGGGGUCUAACGGUGGCCAAUGCCGUAGGGAACAACACACAACAACAGCAGCAACCGAGUCCACAGCAGUUCACAGCGACGAUACAGAACGUCGCGACACAGCUAACGACUGGACAGACAGGACAGACCCUAGCUGGAACUCCCCAGAUAAUUGCUGCUGGUCAACAGAUACAACAAGAUCCAAACGACCCCACAAAAUGGCAGGUAGUCCAGACCUCCCAGGGUGCCGCAGUAACACUGAGUCCGUCCCAGGUAUCCCAGCAGGGUGUGUCCGUGCUUGGGGAACAGAGUGUGACGUCUAAUCGUCGAUUACGCAGAGUUGCUUGUACAUGUCCAAACUGUACAGACAACGAGGGAAGAACUGGGGAAAACAAGAAAAAACAGCAUAUAUGUCAUAUUCCUGGGUGUAAGAAGGUGUAUGGUAAAACGUCGCAUCUUCGAGCACAUUUACGCUGGCACACAGGAGAACGUCCGUUUGUGUGUAACUGGAUGUUUUGUGGGAAACGCUUUACUCGCUCAGAUGAAUUACAGCGACAUAAACGGACACAUACAGGAGAGAAAAGAUUCGAGUGUAAAGAGUGCAAGAAGAAAUUUAUGAGGAGCGACCAUCUAUCAAAACAUCGAAAGACUCACUUUAACAAGAAAGCUGGUCCUAAUUUAGACCACAGUGGCAAUGGGGAGGAGGAUGAGGGAGAGAUGAUCGAGGGUGGUACCAUGGUGAUGAUAGAGUGUGAUGAUGACGGAACGGAAGAUGGGGCAGAGGCCUCGUUUGAGGUCACAGACGAUGAUAUAGACGUGCAAUGACCUUGACCCUUGUGAUAAAUAUGUGUUGGAUGACCUUGACCUUCUUGAUGGAUCUUUGUAAUAUAUAUAUAUAUAUAAAAUAACCAUGACAUAAAUUAUUUUGGAAAGAUCUAUUUAUGAAAAUUUUGACAUGGAGCUGUGGCAGAGAUGUAGGUCGAAGGUCAAGGACACCAGGUGAAGUGUGUACACAACUAUAGUUAUAUAUACAGUGGAACCUGAUUUAAACUCUAAACAUCAAGAAUACAUGAUUUCCAUAUGAUAUUGUUAAAGAACUGAACUGCAUUUCAUUAUUACUGUAUUAUUUUUGAAUUUGUUAAUGUAAUGGCUUUCCAGACAUUUGAUUGGAAAACCAAAAGUGUUACUGUCCAGUGCUGUUUGUUUGCAUUUCAAACAAUUAGGUCACAGUUGUUGGUUUGUAAAAAUACAUAUCGGCCUAAAAAGUGUUAAGAUUUUGUUAACUGUUCACAGUUGAGCUUUGUGAAAGAUGAUUGAACCUGUGAAUGUUAAUCCAGAUCUUGAACAUACAAACCAUGUAAAAAAAAAAUGGACAAUUUAGAAAAAAAACAUUCUAUUAAGGUUCCACUGUAAAAAUCAAGUUGAGAGACUAGACAUUUUCCUCAAAGGAAAUGUCUGCAAGGAUAUGUUAUAAUUAUCAAAGUCAUUCCAUAUGAGGAUUUGCCCACUGUUAAACAAGUGUGCUUAUCUUAACAAUAAAUUUUUAAUGUCUCAUUUUGUCCUGCAUAAUUUCAUUAAACUGUAGACAGUGUUUUGUUCAUGUUUCAACAUGAAAAGCUGACAUUAUAUUGAAACUUGUGAUAUUUUCAGUCCUGUGACAUAAUCAGAGGUCUUAAAUGCAUUUUAACUCAUUCAACCAUGGAGACACAUUUAAACUCUUUCAAUUCAAAGAUAGGGGUGAAUGAGUUAAUGUAUACAAUAUUAACUAGAUUGAUCUGUUCCUAAUGGAGUUAAAUUUCACAGUAACCUAGAAUAUGUCCAUUGAUAUAUUAUGGCUAGUUUCCUGAUUAGAAUACCUUUGUUUCAAAAUAUGGACAAUGAUGAAAUGUAUGAUGCGCAAAUUGAAAAAGAAUUUCUGACCUUUUGAACACCCCCGUGUUUUCCUGCCAACAGUCAAACUAUAAAGUUUUCGAGCACAGAUUUUUGAAAGAUCAUAUGUUAAUUUUAUGCACUUAACAGCUAGAAAAUGAAAUUGAACAUAUCCAUAAUUUAAUAUUUGAUAGUGGGAAAACAACUCUUGGUAUUUCGAGUGAUGAACACUUUUAUCAUUUUAGGCCUGAAUCGUUCGUGUAGUUAUUCAUUAGAAUAGCCGAUUAUUUUUGUUCUGUUGGUCAGGGUCAUAUUAAAAUGUCCUACGAUCAAAUGUUUUUUUUUUAUCAAUGUAUUGUUUUGUUAAACUUUCGAAAGAUUAAAUAUACAACAGUUUUUAUCCAUAUGUUUAAACAAGAAAAUGGUUACCUGUGAGAUGUAGUACAAUUCUAGAACUGCUCUGUUAUGUCAGGUCUGUGAUGUAGUGUGUGAGGGUAUUAAAACCAAUACAAGUGAUUUUGGUGCCCAUGUCUCUUAUGUCAGAUCUGUGAUGUCGUGUGUGAGGAUAUAAAACCAAUACAAGUGAUUUUGGUGCCCAUGUUUUCUGUCUCCCAUGAAUACCUACUGUAAACGCAUAAUAUUUCGUUGGGGAUUUAAUUUCGUUUAUUUGGUGGUUAUAAUUAUAAAACCACGAAAUAUAAUACCAACGACAUUUUAAACACACGCAAUAUAAAAAAAAAUAUAAAAAAUAUUAAAUAUAGUAUUAAUCUUAUUACAAAUCCAUGGUGUAUUUAAAUUAACUGCGUCGUCGGGCCUGUCAAUUUAAACUUCUUACUAACCAGAAAAAAUACAGGGUUUUAAAAUAUUGAUUCCAAGAAAUAUAAUUCCAACAAAUUUGUCCCAAUACAAAAACAACGAAAUUUAACCCCAACGGAAAUAUAUGCUUUUGCAGUAUUCAGAUUUUUAAUUAGCUAAUGAAUGUUUUGAUAUUCAUAUUUUUUUUUUAAUUCACGAUGGUGCUUUUCCCCCAGAAAUCACAAGAUGUGCAAUUGUUUCUCUUACUAUGUAUUAUAUAGUACACUGUUAUAUAGGGAGACAUUUAUAUGGUGUUUUUUAAGAAUUACAUUAAAUCGCUUAACUCAAACAUAGAAGAGAAGUACUAUUUUUAGGAGUCGGAUGAUAAUGUAUGCUAGCCAUGGAGUAAACAACAAAAAGUUGCUCAGCUCACGAGAUACUUGUGAGAUAAGUUUGGUAGACAACAGGAAAGCAUCGGAUGAAAGGUCAGCUGUACAAAAUCUUCCAGAAGCCGUCAAAAUUAUUUCCAUAUCUUGGUUGAAACAUUCAAAUGUCCAUAAUCCGAAGUACCUAAAUUACAACCUUCUUUUGGUCAUUUGUCGGUCAGAAGAUAACAUGUUAGACGUCAUCGGAUCAUUAACCAAUUCACCUCUUAAAGUCACAUUUGAACCGUCCCAAAUCAAAGACUCGGCAAGUCCAGUUUAAUUAUGUAGGGGUGAAAGAGUUCAUUAACUAACUAUGCUUUUGGAAACUGUUGAGUGACAUUUUCCAUCUAUACCAUCCCUUUCCCAAAGAAAUUUUUGAUGCUGACAGAGUUUGUUGUUAAAGUGAGCUUGUAGUUUCAAAUUAAUGAAUAAUUAACGCACAGCAGACUUUCUCUGAUUGGGUGAUGAAGUAUGUGAAUAUAUGUUGGGUUAUUGCUAUCUUGCAAUUUAAUGAUCAGCUUGUUUUAUAGGCUUUUUAUUGAAUACUUUAAUAGGCUUUUAUACAUUUGGAAUUUCUACAAGAAACAUUUAUAAAUUUUCUUAACAUUCAAUACUUUUUUCUAUUGUUGUUUUCAGAUACAAGUUUAUAAGUUUUUUCCCAAUGUUGAGAUGAAAAACAAUUUGUAUAAUUGAACUUUUGAUAUUUUUUUAGUUACUUCAUGGUAUUCAUUUAAUUUCAUUAGAAUUGUUAAGGACACUGAAAUUUGUGAUACUGAUAGAUGGAAUUGUGCUUUAUUUACAGAUACUGUUAGCUUGUUGAGACACUUGACCAAAUAUCCACCUUUAGCAAGUUCACAGCUAUAAAUCUGUGUCGAAUACAGACAUUGGAUUAUUUUUGUCAAUAAAUAUUUUGACACUA